GCCAUUAAAACUUAAAAAAGAAGAAGUUUCCCUCCGCUGCUGUGUCGGCGUUGCACUCGGAAGGACUAGUUGUACACCAAGGCUACUCUAUAAUCCUUACAGUAUUACAGUGAAAACAACUUUAAUGGCCAAGCUCCAGGGCUUUGAGUUCUGGAAGAAGACCCUGAAAGGAGCACGCUUUGUGGUGGCACCCAUGGUGGACCAGAGCGAGCUGGCUUGGCGCCUGCUGAGUCGCCGACAUGGUGCUCAGCUCUGCUACACCCCCAUGCUGCAUGCCCAGGUGUUUGUUCGCGAUGCCAACUACAGGAGAGAAAACCUCUACAAUGAGGUGUGUGAAGAGGACAGACCUCUCAUCACACAGUUUUGUGCCAAUGAUCCAGAGGUAUUCCUUCAGGCGGCCCUGUUGGCCCAGGACUACUGCGAUGCCAUUGACCUCAACCUGGGCUGUCCACAAAUGAUCGCUAAGAGAGGGCACUAUGGAGUUUUCCUACAAGACGAGUGGGAGCUGUUAGAGAAAAUGGUCAGGUUAGCCAAUGAAAAGCUCUCAGUGCCCAUCACAUGCAAGAUCCGUGUGUUCGAGGAGGUGGAAAAGACAGUCUGCUAUGCUCAGAUGCUGGAGAGAGCUGGGUGUCAGCUGCUGACAGUGCAUGGCAGAACCAAAGACCAGAAAGGAGCCAUGACAGGUGUUGCUAACUGGGCGCACAUCAGGGCCGUACGGAAGGCAGUCAGUAUUCCAGUGUUUGCAAAUGGCAACAUUCAGCACCUGAGUGAUGUGGAGCGCUGCAUUCAGGAGACAGGAGUGCAGGGAGUAAUGAGUGCAGAGGGGAACCUUCACAAUCCAGCACUGUUUGAAGGACGCAGCCCCCCGGUGUGGGAGAUGGCUGAGGAAUAUCUUGAGGUGGUGAAGCAGCAUCCCCCCUGCACUCUAUCCUAUGUGCGAGCCCACCUCUUCAAGCUCUGGCAUCACACGCUACAGAUCCACCAGGACCUGAGAGAAGACUUGGCCAAGGUGAAGACCCUUGAGGGUUUGGCUGGUGUCAGCCACCAGCUUAAGCUGCGCUGCCAGGAGGAGAUAGCUAAAGGACAAGAUGGGGAAGAGACGGAGGGUGGCCUGCCAUUUCCCCACUGGAUCUGCCAGCCAUAUGUCAGACCAGCGCCGAAGGAGCCAGUUGCAAAUGGUAACAGCCAGGGCUCAGAGGUGAGGAAGACUGUUUGUCAGAAGAGAGCACUGGAGGACACUGAUGGAACAGCUGACACACUCUCCAAAAAUAAGCAGAAGAAGAGAUCACGAAACCCCAACAAGAACUUCUGUCCCGAGCAGAAACCCAAGUACAUCAAAUGUGAGCAGUGUGGGAACCCAAAGGGAAAUAAAUGUGUCUUCAACCUGUGUCGAGGCUGCUGCAAGAAGAAGGCCUACAAGGAGGUGGCAGACUGUCCAAGCCAUGGGCUGAGGUUCAAGACCAAGGCAGAGAAACAGAAAGCUGAGGACAAGAGGAAGGAGGACGAGAGGAGGGUGGAUGAGAGGACAGAGGUCUUGGCGAUAGAGACAAAGAGAAGCAGCAGCUCUCCUCAGCCUAUUCCAUAUCCAAGUACAGAGCUGCAGAUGCAGUCCAAGAACCAGCUGCCACUAUGAGCAGGACUAAGGCUAUCUCGACAUGUCCGCCUAAUCAAGGUCAUUUCUAUUGUGAUCAGAAAGGUUAACACCCUUGAAACAUUUGAUGUCAAAAAAUAAAAAAAAAAGAUCACACAACAUCUCCACCAUCUUGGUCUUCAUCAAGUGGUCUUACUGCUGUUUAGUUGAAUCCAAAUGUUCAUCACAGUAAGAAUCUCUGGUAUCAGGUUGUUGUGUGGACCUGCUUCGAUGUAUUACACAAACUCCUGGGUUGUUUCAGGUGAUUGAGAGAGAUGCAAUUGAAACUUGAGGUAACAAGGUUAGUGUGUGCAUGUAGAGGUAGCGGAUUAGUCAGGACAUACAGAAUAAACAGCUGCUAAGUAACUUCAGCAGGGAAGAGACCGAAGUAUGGAUGGACACUGAUCAGCACACCAAAACUGUAAAGUUGCAGAACUAUUUUUUAUGUGGUGUGGAAUUUCUUUUUGUAUAGUGGGACAAAAAUUUUGCAACUAAUUCUGUCAUCUUUUAUUUUUAAAGCCUCUGGAAACCCAAAUCCACAAUAGCCUUCUAACUAUGUAAUUUAGGGUCUUAUGUACAUAAUAUUAAACAUGUAAAAACAAUUAGAAAUCAGUUUCCAUCCAAAUUCGAAAUAUCUGUCUUAUAAGUUUUUGUACAUUCUUGAAAUUGGGUUUGAUUUGGCCGUGGUUAUCUCUGAGAUUUAUUAUGCAAUAAAUUCCAAACCAAUCAUAAAUCAUCCGUCAGUUGUCUCAUCCCGCCCCCCAGUGGCAGGCCAACAAAACCUUUCUGCUCCAGCUAAAUCUGCCUCUUUGAGUCUGAGCCAACAAAUGGCUUUCUAGUCUGAUAUUUAGAAAAUACAGAUCGUAAACUGGCUGAACCGCUCGGCUGCGACCCAGCGGAGGCUCUGCCUGCGGCGGGCUUCCAGCAGCACUCGAAUCAGGUUGACUGGCUCCAGAGCCCGGAUAAUCCGAGCCUUUGCCGCUCAUGGAGCUGCAGGAAGAGGCGGCUUGUGAGCGGCCGGGCUUCCCCACCAGGCCUGGUGCCGGUGUCGGCUCGCGGGGAGGGGACGUAAUGUGCACCCUUCCUUACCCCUAACCCCAACCCCAAGCAGUUAGCUUUGCUACGCAUAAACAUAUCACCAAUCGCGGAGGUGAUGCUGUGGGGAAACAACACAAUUUUAGCUGGCACCGGUCUCUCCCGCUUUGAGGGUCGGUGUGUGUGUCAGAGUAAAGACAUAUUUAAUCUAUUAAGACUGGAUGUGUUUGAAUGAAAAUGGCUAUUAUCAGAAAAACGGAGCGUCCUCUGAAUCAUCAGAGGGCUCAAACAAAGAGUAUGGAUACCAAGAGGCGAAGCUCAAGCCUACCGCCACCAUUUUGGACUGUCAGCAGACCGCAGCAGACCCGCUUGCAUACAAAAACACACAGACAAACUGAAGUAUAUUGCUAUUAAUUGUGCUUACAAUGCUACUCACCUCGUGAUAGCUUGGUCACAGCUGCUUUUUCACGUUUUUGUAAAGCAAAAUAUAGACUUUUUAAAAAAAAAAAAACAAAAACGAAGAAAAAUGGCCUAGAUGGCAUCUCUAGCAAACAUAUUACAUCCACUUAUGAGAACGUUAUCUUAAUUACUCCUUCAAAAUCACCCCAUAAACCAAUUUACCUAAAAAUAAAAAAAUCAAUAUUUUAACUAGAAAUACAUAAAUGGCGACGUCACAUAUUCAGGAAUAAAGAUUUAUUUACAGUUUGUACAGUAAGGGGACAGUAGUAGUAUUAGUAAUAAUAAUAAUAAUAAUAAUAUAGGCUAUUUUAAUAUAUAUUUUAAUGCUAAAGCAGUAAUCAGUUCUGAUAGCUUCAUCAGUUUUGCAAGUGUUAUCUUCCCUCCAAAACUGGCAUAUUAUAAAUUGAUAUUAAAACACUUUAAAACAUACACCUCAGGAGUUCUUACCUGUCGGGAUCCUUCGGGAAACGGUGGAAGGCCAGGUGCGGGGUGUUCCACUGAUAGUUAUUGCAAUUAAUUGCACUACACUGUUUUCUUUUACUUUUUUCAUUCUCUCUCCUUGACAUCUUGAAUGUUGCGCUACCGCAGCGCCCCUAGUGGCUGUUGGCAAAAAUUCAACGGAGCUUCGCCUCUUGGUAUCCAUGCUCUUUGGCUCAAACAUGUACAGCUGGAUUAAAUUUGUGGCAGCCAUUGCUGAGCCAGGGAGAUAUCAAUCAAAACGAGGGAACUGUCAAUCAGAGUGUUAUCUGCCACGCCCACUCUGUCCUGGCAAGUGGUCCAAACAGCAAAAUGAGCUGUUUUUAAACCAGGUUUUCUAAUAGUUAUGAAUAGUUAUUUUCACUCAGACUUUUGUGGAUGAUUAAUGAGACACUCGACUUUGAUAUAAUAUAUGCAUUUUCACCACUUCAACCUGUGUUUCCAAAAGCUUUAAGAUAAAGAUUUUAUGAGGGGAAAGUUGUGAACCACAAGUAUUAAAGGACUCAAACCUGUUAAGAGAAAGGAUUUUACUGAUAUCUUUAAGGUUAUGAUUGCAUUUUUACAUCAUUAGUUAACCUAUUUAUUCUGGAUUAAGAUUUGCCUGUACUUCAUUGACUAAUGUAUAUGACUUUUGAUGGAAAGUUCAACUGCCUAUCCAGCUAUCAGAGUGGUGCUGUGUCUGCUGUCUCAGACAUGCUCAGUGGCUACGCAAUCUAUUUAGAGGUACCUCCUGUAUACUGAUACAUGCAGUGUUAUUUUUUUGUUUGUUUUUUUUCUUCACCUACAUACACAAUUUUUCACCUUGUGUUUAGCCUAUCUUAGCACAAAUAUUAGAAGCUAGCUCAGAGGCCUAUACUGUGAUGCAGGAUUUGAAGUUAGCGAGGUAACUUCGGGGUUAAGUCAGGGUUUUCAGUACUACAAAGCUGGUUCUCUUUUUAUAGGGAUAAAUCACUAUGGUAACUGACAACAACAGCUAACCUGCUCCAGAGCAGGUUAAUGUCAUAGUAUCAGAUCACAGGCUGUCAACACCCGACCCCUGACCAAUCAGAUCACUGAAGAAAAAGUAUCCAAGGAUGACAGCUGGGAGUCUCAGAUAAAAAAAGAGUAGCCUAUGCUGUUACAGGUCAGUAGAAUAAUUUCAUUGUUGCAGGGCCCUAUUUCCACUGGUUUAAAAACAGAGCUUCUAACAAACAGAGAGAUUAUUUACAACACUAAACACAGGAUUUUUUCACAGUAUUUUCACUUGUGCAAAGUUUACUUAAGUCUGCAGUGAUAGUGAUGCUUUUGUUUUUGCUUUUUACACAGCAGCUCAAAAUAACAUGAGACGCCUGUGUGAUGAGAACUAAGAUAAAACGGAUGAUAUUUAUUAGUUAAAUAAUCCACACACUGUUAAUCAGCUCCUGUUAUUAUAAAUGCCACAUUUCGGUCAAAUAGACCAUCAGUCAUUAACUACUUUUCCACCUUUUACUUCAGUAGCAGAAACAGUCUGACAUCACUUUAAAGUGUUUUAUGUGACAUCAUCCAACAAAACAACGAAAAAAUAGUCCAUGCAAAUGUCUCAUAUAGUCCAGUGAUAUCUACACGUAAUUUAAGUCUUGGCCGACAGUGAGUUUUUGAAUAGUAUUUUUAAUGUUUUCUGUAGUUAGUAUUGUUUACAUCUGGCGUCACUGACAUUUUACUGUCUCACAGUCCUAGACACUUGCGGUACCGUUUUAUCUCAUAUGAUAUGAAGCAACCUACUUCAUUCAUGGUUCUGAUGAUGUUGCUCAUAACUAACACCCCUGCCUCCUUCACAUGAACAUACUCGUGGCUGAACAGGAAAACCCAGAGUUGACUGAAGUGGUUGAUAACCAGCUUUGUAGUACCGGUUAUCCAGCCAGUGUUAGGGGCAGUCAAACCAGAUAACAAAAGGAUAUCCUGGGUAAAUUGAACUGGCUUCGUAGUGUAGGCCUCAGCUCUGUCAAAAGUGAAAAAAAAAAUAGAUAUGUUGUCUAAAUUACUUGCCAACAGGACACAUUGGAGACAUUUUCUUUCCCUUUGAUGGAAGAUAGCUGUUGGAUGUGAUUCUGGUCUUUGUGCUAAGCUAACUUAGUCUCUCUGCAGAAUGCACAGACUGGCACAUAAAGCCCCUGAAAACAUUUUUUUUCAAAUCUGAAGUAUUUUCUGUGACAUUUAAUAUUCAUGACAAAAAAAUCAUCUUUAGGCAUUACUAAACAUUCAAAUGCUGAUAAUCCUUGUUGGUGCUUAGAUGUAGGUUGUAUCAGAGUUUUACAUUUAAGCCUGGCCUAUGUUGAACCAGUGAGAAGAGCACCGGGAAAAAAAAUACAAAUACAGGAAUGUCAAGUGUCUUCAGGGUCUUAAGGUAAGACAAGUGUUUGACCCAAAAUGUCCUUUAUCAACCAAUUGCUUUGUGAUAAUUUUAAGAGACCCCUAUUGAGACAAGUCUCAGUCCUCUGCAAUUUAACAGGGACCACCUGUUCUUAUUGCAUUUUUUUUCAUCACACAUCAUUCUUGUUUGUAUUGAUGACAAAUACAGAAGGCAUGAGCCUAUAUAUUUCUUUUAUCCUUCAAGUCCUUUAGUUGUGGAUCUUGCAAAAGUGCAUGAUCAACAGCUUCAUCUUGACCGAAUAAACAAGAUCACCUCUACUAACAUCUUAAACAAUUGGUAUAUUUUUAUGCCUUCUUGCCAGCUGUAGCCAUGCCCAGAGGCAUGAAGUUGCGGGUUGUCCAUCUGUCCGUCCAUCCCAUUCUCUUGAACGCAAUAUUCCAAGAAUGCCCUGAGGAAAUUUCUUCAAAUCUGGCACAAACUUCCACCUAGACUUAAGGCUGAACUGAUUAGAUUUUAGUGGUCAGUGUUCAAGGUCACUGUGGCCUUGCAUCUUUCUCAUUGUUGUUAAAGGGCUGUCUCAAGAACAUCUUCAAAUCAAAUCAAACUUUAUUUAUAUAGCACUUUUCAUACAUUAAAAAUGCAACACAAAGUACUUCACAAAAUAAAAACAUACACCAAAAAAUACUACAAAUAUUGAAAACCCGCCCCUCCCAUCCCCACAUAUACACGCACACACGCAUGCACACACACACACACACACACACACACACACACACAGUCAGUAUAGUCAAUAUAGUAACAUAGCUGGGCACUGAGGAACCAGGUGAAGAAAAAACACCUAUGGGGAGCUCAUCCACACUGAGAGGUGUCACAGACUAUGGCCACAGGGAGCGCCACCACAGAGACCACCCCAACCCAGAUAGACCGGGGUAGACUCCACAUAUGGUGCAGAGCCUCCCAGUCCUCCGGACCUGAGGGAUCUCCAGGACGAUGUCCCCGUGGGAGACUGGACACACCUACCAGCGUGGAGGCCCCCCAUGAGGAAACACUGGAGCUUAAAACUAAAAGACUAAAAGGCAAUAGGAUAGGAUAAAACAGGUAUGAGAUAAAAUAAUGAUAAAAUGCAUAAAAAAUUUAGGAUUUAGAAAAAAAUUAAAGAUUUAAAGACUAAAAAAUGAAGAUUGAGAAAUUUAAUAAUAAUAAAAUGCAUAAAGAUUUAAAAAUAAAUAAUUUAAAAGCAUUAGAGAUUAAAAUAACAUAUAAUAGAAUAAAAAGAGUAAAAGAAAUAAGUUAAAAGCCAAACUAAAAAGGUGAGUCUUGAGCCUCCUUUUAAAAACAUCAACAGUCUCUGCAGCCCUGAUGCUCUCCGGAAGGCUAUUCCAUAAGUGAGGGCCAUAAUGGCUGAAUGCAGCCUCCCCGUGGGUUUUUGUUCUGACUUUUGAUUAAAAGGCUGGUGCCAGAGGCAGGGCCGGCCCAAGCCUCCUUGGGGCCCUAAGCAAAAUUCACACAGUUACUAUAAGUUAUUUCAUGUUCUACUCUAUCAUUACAGACACACUUGUAAAACUAGAUGUGAGAACUUUUUGUUGUAGUUAAAUUGUAAUCCACAGUGAUUAAGGCCACGGAAGCAGACAACAGAUUUGCAAACUUGCUGAAAAAUCUUUCAAUUAAUAUUUGACAAAGUCAGCAACUCUCCCUACUGGCCACACAGAGAAUCAAUACAUAAAACCUCAAAGAGCAGCCCAGCAUGUUUACCCAUUUAUGGUUUUUAAUCUGAAAUGGUAGCAAACUCAGCUACAAGAGCAGCCUGGGGUUGAUUUACACUUAAUAUUCAAAGUGAUAUAAUACUAAGUGGGAUACCGACUGUCAUCUAGUAAAAGUAACAGUAACAAAAUGAACCAGUCCUUUACUGUAAACACAAUCUGCUUUGUUAUUUUUUGUUUUAAAUAAACUGCAACACAGAGGGGACAGUGGAUGGAGCAAAGGAUGGAGAUGGGCCUAAGAUGAAAAACAACAACAAAAGCUAGUCAUGUUCGAUGUCAUAUUACACUUGCUGCUUAUUUUCUAAGUAAAAUAGUAGAGCUAUAGCUUGUAAUAAGAAAACAAUCUGCCAGUGGAACAACUGAAAAUUGCUUGAGAAGUUUUGAAAUAAUAUGCAUUUGUCUAAAAACAUGUCUCUUUUCAUAUAAUUAUAUCUUAUAUUAAAAAUGAUUCAUCUCGGAAUGUUCUGCAGUACAUUGAGCAAUUACAAAGACUGUUUUGUUGUUAACUUGCCAGGUACAGCUGAGGUUGCAGCAGACACAGAGGGGACAGUGGGCACAGUGGAUGGGGCAGAGGAUGGAGAUAGACCUAAGAUGAAAAACAUGUCCCUUGUCAUAUGAUUAUAUCUUAUAUUAGUAUAUCUUAUGAGAUAAUUUGACUAGAAAUUAAAUAUAUAUGGUGACAGUUUUCCCUCACCUGAUUCAUUAGCCUUGGCUGAGCCUGAGGAAGUGGACUGCCUCUGGGCUGAGCCAGUGCCUCCUCCAAAAUACUUAAACAGUGCUCCUGGGGAAGUUUCACAUAACUUAUGAGCAUAAUAGGGAGUUGAUGUAAAAGGAACAUGUUUAUUUACUCACAUAAAUUACUAUGCUCUGCAGCAAACAACAUAUCUCAAACUAUAAGUUAACUAAGUUAAUUCAUUAAUGCAAAAACAUAUUGCUAGCAAAUGUCACCGCGUCUGUAAUUAAUGUUAGUUGUUAUUAAACAUUUGCUAUCAAAUGUUAUCAAAAACGUUAUUUUGAUGCCCAAAAGUGACCCAGAAUAUAUUCACCGAGAAUCAACUUAUUCAGAGUGUCAGAAAGUGCCAGUUCAUGUUCCCUCCUCUCCACUAGGAGGAGGCACCCAGUGGUGGCUUAGGGCAUCAGUGGUACCUCCCACUCUAUAAAUAGAGGCCUGAAGAUCACUUCCUCCUCUUUGUCUCCAAGCACUCACACCUUGACUGAGUGUUUGUCAGGUGUUUGCCAUGUGUCUUUUGGUUUGACCUCCAAUGUAAGUAGUUUCUUUAUAUUCCUUUAAUUGUAGUGUCUCUGACAUGAAAAAUGGAUAAUUUAUUUGAUCUAAUUCGUUAAAUAAUGUUAAGAAUCAUGUGUUUGGGAAUCAUUAUUGGAGAGAUUUGUGGUCCUUUAAUAUGUAUAUAUUCAACAUGCUUCAAAGAGUGAAUUCAUUUGUUUGUCAAGAUAAUGUCAUCUGUUCUUUGUUUAGAACCAUGGUAAUCAUCCUGCAACAUCACAGAACCAACAUUCACCCUGUGAUUUAAAAUAAAUUGAAUGAUUGAUUGCAA